UCUAUAUAUAAAGAGUUUAUUCAUUUUAUUCAUUUUUAUCACGACGAUAUGACUAGAAAGAAGGUGAAACUCGCAUUCAUAACCAAUGACUCUGCAAGGAAGGCAACAUUCAAGAAAAGGAAGAAGGGUUUAAUAAAAAAGGUUAGUGAACUUAGCACCCUUUGUGGAAUUGAUGCUUGUGCUAUAAUUUAUAGUCCCUAUGAUCUUCAACCAGAGAUUUGGCCAUCUCCAUUAGGAGUUCAAAAGGUGCUUACCAAGUUUCAAAGAAUGCCGGAAUUGGAGCAGAGCAAGAAGAUGGUAAACCAAGAGAGUUUUUUGAAGCAAAGAAUCCAAAAGGCCAAAGAUCAAUUGUCAAAACAAAGAAAGGAUAAUAGGGAAAAGGAGAUGACCCAUCUCAUGUUUCAAAACCUUAGUGCUGGUAAAAUUAUGCCCAAUAUAAGCAUGGUUGAUUUAAAUGAUAUGGCAUGGUUGAUUGAUCAAUACUUGAAAGAAAUCAAUAGAAGGGUUGAAACAUUGGUCAAGAAUUCUCAAGGUCAAGCCCAAUUGGCACCACUACCAAUGGUGACUAAUAUUGGAAUGACUAAGAUUGAAGAGAAGGCACAAGGGAGUCAUGGUCAUGUGUUGGAUAUGAAUAUGGAUGUCAUGCAAAAACAACAUUGGUUUAUGAAUUUGUUGGAUGAUGAUGGUGACACACCUCCUUUGGGAGAUGUUAGUCACCAAAAUGGAUUUUGGCCAAACUCAUUUUUCCAUUGA